AUGGCAAAACGCACGCUUGACGCAUUCUUCAAACCAUCAACCCCGCCAAAACGCCCCAAAACGGAACCUACCACAAUCUCAACCCCCGAGACAAACAACACCCCAAUCGAAGACACAAAACCCCCAAGCCAACACCAAAGCUACCCAAUCCCAAUCGCCCAACUCCCCUCGCACAUUGAAGUGGGCCUCGAGCAUGCAACACCAGCAACCGCACCGCGCGAAAUAAACAACCAACCACACCUCGACCUUCUCCACUUCCAGCCCUACAUCCCACGCCCAACAGCCAACGAGCUCUUUAAAUUCCUCCGUCGCGAGCUACCCUUCUACCGCGUUCAGUACACAGCACGACGCGGCGACAUCGAAACGCAAAUCAACACACCACGAUGGACGACGGUCUUUGGAGUCGAUGAGACAUCGACAUUCAUCCAGCAAGACAAUAAUCCCAACAGCCUUGUUCUACUAGAAAGCAAGACGAAAGCCCCAACCCCGAAGACAAAAUAUCAAUGCACGCCGCGCCCAAUCCCAGCAUGUCUAGAUCUGCUACGGCGACAGGUCGAAGCAGCGAAUGCAACCGCAGAUACCAAAAACCCCAGCUACAAUUUCUGCCUGGUAAACUACUACGCCAACGGAGAUGACAGCAUCGCAUUCCACUCUGACGACGAGCGUUUCCUCGGACCGGAGCCGAACAUCGCCUCGCUGUCGCUGGGCGGUGAGCGCGAUUUCCUAAUGAAACAUAAGCCUUUUGUGUCCGGGGGCAAUACCAAUCGGACUGGCGGAUGCGUGCCUGAUGCUGCACAUGCAAUGUCCGGGCCGGGUGGUACCGGUGUGACGCGGGCGAGUAGUAUAGUUUCAGGUGGGACAUCGGGUACCAUGUCUAAUCCUGAAUCCAGGCCUGCUGCUACGGUGCCACUGCAGCAGAUCAAGAUGAGUCUUGGGUCAGGCGAUAUGGUUGUUAUGCUAUUCCCAAGCGGAAGGGGAAGGCUGGGGGAGAUGACGAGGGGAAGGAUUAACAUUACCUUCCGGCGGGCUGUUAUUCCUGGCGGGACGAAUAAUUAUUACCAUUAUAAUGUUGGUAGUGGGGGGAUGUAUCGGUGGGAUGAGGUAUCCAGGGAGAUGGUUUUGCAGGAUGGGAAGGUAUAG